CGGAGAGACGCUGCACAGCCCUAUAGGCGGAGGCGCUCUGGCCGCUGCGGGAGCAGAGGUAUAAAAGUGCUGUGAGACACGGGCGAGCGCCACGAGGGCUGGGGUGACAGAGACGGGUGGCAGUCCGCACGAUCCCGAGUCCCUCUGCGUCCCGGAGUUCCCUCUGCGGUCCCGACUUCCCGCAGAUCUCCGUUGCCUCUCCAGUCGGGACCCAGGUUCCUCAGAGAUCGGGGCUUCCUCUGUGCUCCGCGCCCCUCGCGUCCUGGUUCCUUCUGCCUUGCGGAGCCCUGUAGCCCGGUGCGUUGAGUGCCCCGCGCCCAGCCUUCACGCACCGAGCCCGGUGGGGAGUCUGACCCUUGCGCCCAGAGCCGCAGUGGCUGGGCAUGACGGUCCCUCCUGUCCUGCUGUUCUUUCUCCUGUCCUCGGUACGAGGCACUGAGCAGCCGCAGGUCGGCACUGAGCAUCCCAGCAUGGAGGCAUCCCUGACCGGGCCCAAUGCCUCGCACUUCUGGACCAACUACACUUUCUCCGACUGGCAGAACUUCGUGGGCAGGAGACGCUACGGGGCCGAGUCCCAGAACCCCACGGUGAAAGCCCUGCUCAUCGUGGCCUACUCUUUCAUCAUCAUCUUCUCGCUCUUUGGCAAUGUCCUAGUCUGUCAUGUCAUCUUCAAGAACCAGCGCAUGCACUCCGCCACCAGCCUCUUCAUCGUCAACCUGGCAGUGGCUGACAUCAUGAUUACGUUGCUCAACACGCCCUUCACUUUGGUCCGCUUUGUGAACAGCACCUGGGUGUUUGGGAAGGGCAUGUGCCACGUCAGCCGCUUUGCCCAGUACUGCUCUCUGCAUGUCUCAGCACUGACACUGACAGCCAUUGCUGUGGAUCGGCAUCAGGUCAUCAUGCACCCCUUGAAGCCUCGGAUCUCCAUCACCAAGGGCGUCAUCUAUAUUGCUGUUAUCUGGGUCAUGGCCACCUUCUUCUCGCUGCCGCAUGCCAUCUGCCAGAAACUGUUUACCUUCAAGUACAGUGAGGACAUUGUGCGCUCCCUCUGCCUGCCGGACUUCCCAGAGCCAGCUGAUCUCUUCUGGAAGUACCUGGACCUGGCCACCUUCAUCCUGCUCUACCUCCUUCCACUCUUCAUCAUCUCCGUGGCCUAUGCCCGUGUGGCCAAGAAGCUGUGGCUGUGCAACACCAUUGGUGACGUGACCACGCAGCAGUACCUGGCCCUGCGACGCAAGAAGAAGACCACUGUGAAGAUGCUGGUGCUUGUGGUGGUCCUCUUUGCUCUCUGCUGGUUCCCCCUCAACUGCUACGUCCUCCUCCUGUCCAGCAAGGCCAUCCACACCAACAACGCCCUCUACUUUGCCUUCCACUGGUUUGCCAUGAGCAGCACUUGCUACAACCCCUUCAUCUACUGCUGGCUCAAUGAGAACUUUAGAGUUGAGCUAAAGGCGUUACUGAGCAUGUGCCACAGGCCACCCAAACCUCAGGAAGACAGGCUGCCCUCCCCAAUUCCUUCCUUCAGGGUGGCAUGGACAGAGAAGAGCCAUGGUCGGAGGGCUCCGCUAGCCAAUCACCACCUGCCCUCUUCCCAGAUCAAGUCUGGGAAGACAGAUCUUUCUUCUGUGGAACCCAUUGUGGCGAUGAGUUAGGAGAAGCAGGAGGAGGUGGGGAAGGACUCGCUCACAACCGGCUUAAUGCUCACAGUGUUGGGAGGUCCCGCAGAAGCAGGGAGAUGCUUGAGUUCCUAGGAACCUGUCCAGCCUCCUUCUCCAUCUGAUGUGCAAACCAUCUUGAAGAUGCCACGAGGUGUUGUAAUGAUCGUUGAGCGAGAUCUCUGAAAGCCGCCUCAGCUCCAACAGAGGUUGGCUCAGUCCACCACUUCGCUGCCCAGCACCUGCCACCUUGUCCUUCCUACUACUGAGCACCCGCAGGGGGACCCGAGUCAUGCUAUUGCUGGGCCUGACCCAUGUGCCCAGAAAACAGCUUCACAAGUCAGGAAGAACGGACGCAAAGGCUUUCUAAAGUUAUCAGACCAAGUGUAAUCACAGAUCUUCAAUGGCAGUGCUCUAUCUGUGACCAGAUAGACCCAUUUUAGUUUCUUAAAAUAAAGAGACAUUAAUGAGUGUUACCAUUUUCAAAAGUUCAGGAAAGUACAGAAAUGAACUAAGAUCACCCUGUUAGCCCAUCAAUUUGUAAAAAUGCCUGUAAUGUUCUGUGAAUUUGUCUGUAACUUGGCCCUCUGUGUGCCUGCUUGUGCGUUUGUGGUUUUAAAAUCCUAAACUACAUGUGUCCACUUAGAUUGUGAUAAUGAGCAAGAAACGGGGCACAUCACAGUGCUACUGAACUCCUCCAUGAUGAACGGGGUCCCUCAGCACAGCUGAAGAGAAGAGAGGAGAGCAAGGUGAAGAUUGACUCCUUCAAGUGGCAAUGGUGGGUGGGGCCCGGCCCUGUCCCAGGUGGCAACCAUCAAGAUGAGCAGCACUGGCGAGCUGAGAGGUAGGAUCCCUGCCCUCCAGCCCCCAGAAAUGAGAUGCGGCGAAGCACUGUUCUGUUUUCACGGGCAAUGAGGGAACUUGCUUUCCAAUAAGCUGGAAAUAAUUGCACUCAGACACCUCAUCUGCCCGAGCUGUCUAGACAGGACAUUUCUCUUUGUUGUCUGAAAGAUGAAAUUUUUUUCACACCAAUUCCUGAAGGAAGAUUCCCCUGUCAGCAUCACCUGAAAAAUUCAUGUGUCGUUUUCCAAAACCUACAGGCUUCUUGAAGCAACUUUGUCCCGUGAGGGCCCGUGUGUCAGAGAAACCACACUCCAGGAAGCCAGUGUUCUCGUCACCUUGCGUGUGGUCUCAGUGGCUUCAGUAUCACCCAGAGAGCACUGUGUCCGGCGGGACAAAGAGGUUCUGGGCCCUCAGGUCCAGAGCAGCCUCUGUGGCUGCUGUGCUUGGUUCGGAUUCCGUCUCGUCACAGAGAAGUCUCAGAGACAAACUGUCUUGGUGAGAAACUGAGGUCUGAGGGAGGAGAGGCUCCUCCAAGACUUAUUUAGAACUCUCAGUUGCUAACUGAAGUACAACUUGGUUACCUCUGCUUCCCUGUAAUGAACGAUGGAAGUUUCUUAGACUAGUCUAUCCACAAGAAUGCUAGAAAAUUCCCAAGACUUAAAAAACAAAACAAAACAAAAACAAACAAACAAAAAACAGAACAGCAGAAUUUUUUUUUUAGUGUCUUGGAGAGGGCAGAAGGAGAUUUCUAAAUAUAAAGUGGGUUUGGGGGCCACAUCUUCUGCAUCUGUCUUGGUCUCUGUGAUCUGAGCUGGUAGCUGUGAGUUACAUUUUCCAUGUGACCAUAAAGAGUUUACUAGUCUGAGGACAGGCAGCAGGUUCUUACAGUGUGUCUUCCCCGGGGAAUUGUGGGAAAAGCUCCAGUCACGCCCUCCUGAGGGCAGCUAGAGAUAGUGCCAUAUCACAGAGUUAGGCCUCAGGUCCGAUGGUGCCCGUCUGCUCCCUGCCCUGGUCCCUAUAUGCUUCCGAGCAAACGUGACUGGUAAUUGUGAAUGUGGUCUUUGUGAAGCCCGAGUUUGUCCAACAUGCUGUAAAGUGUGCUUUAUUGUAAAUCACUCUCUGCUCAGUAAAAGCUCUACUCUGUGUGCAGGCUGUACCUCUUGGAGUGGCGACCGUGUCUAGUCGGUAACCUUAAAAACCGGGGU